AAGUUGGACAUGCCACCUCAAAUGGAAUAUUUUUGCCAAGAAUCGAGAGUUCCGUCUGUCUGUCUAGAUCAGGACGAAGUACUGGAGCCUGCAAUCACUUGUAUGUUAGUGGGAGAUGGUGCUGUAGGGAAGACAAGCAUGAUUGUCAGUUACACUACAAAUGGAUAUCCCACGGAUUAUAAACAAACUGCAUUUGACGUAUUCACGGGACAGGUCCAAGUUGAUGGGGCACCUGUGCGAAUUCAGCUUAUGGACACUGCUGGACAGGAAGAAUUUGAUGGCUUCCGCUCACUUUCCUAUGCCCACAUAGAUGUGUUCAUCCUCUGCUUCAGUGUGGUCAACCCUACGUCAUUCCAGAACAUUAGCAAGAAAUGGAUCCCUGAAAUCCGCAGAUGUAACCCAUCCUCGCCCAUUAUCCUGGUUGGCACCCAGUCAGACCUCCUGUUAGAUGUCAACGUGCUCAUAAACUUGGACCGUUACAAGGUCAAGCCUGUCUGCAGCUCCCAGGCAAGAAGUCUGGCCGAGAAGAUCCGAGCUUUAGAAUACAUAGAGUGCUCGGCCCUCACCCAGAAAAACUUAAAGGAGGCUUUUGAUGCCGCCAUAUUUGCAGCCAUUAAACACAAAGCCAGGAAGGCCAAAAAGCUGAGACUUUCGGACAGGCGUACCAAGGCCUUCUCCAAAUGCAGCUGGAAGAAGUUUUUCUGCUUUGUCUGA